UAUAUAGUUUAGAUAUGUACGUCAUAUAAAAAUUUUUCUGCUAACGUACGGUUCAGAUUUUUGUUCCGGCGUAUAUUAAAUCUUGAAGUAGAAAAUUUUAAACCUUAAUUAUUGUUGAAGAUGGCUCCUAACAAAGCUAAACCAAAGCGUGGAAAUCGCAAAGCAGCUCGAUCCAACCGUAGAUGUAUUUCUACAAAAGAGCGUCUCAGUGUGGAUGAAAACACUUCUUCCACAGCAACUGUUGUUUCUACUCAACAACCAAUUCUCGGCAAGCUUCAAGAUUCUCUUGUUAAUAGUUUUUUAAACUGCGUUAAAUGGUUAGAGAAUUGUUUUGGUGAAACCCAAUCCAAGCAAAACCCAGCUUUAAAUGAAAGUACAUCCGAAAGUAAUAUCCCAGAUGAAAAAGACAAACUGGCAAGAUUUUUGUUGGGCUUAGGAAAGGAGUAUAACGUAAUUACAUUUGGAAGCAGAAUCUUGAGGAAAAAUGAAGGUUUCAGAAGGUUUGAAGUAAGCAAUCUACUCCGAUGCAGAAAAAUAGAUUUGGCGAAUUGGUACACACCGUAUGAACCCCUCAGCAAAGAUGUUCUAAUAUACCAUUGUUCACUUUCGGGAGAUGAUCACAAGUAUCAUAUUCUAGAAGCGAACAGGCUUCUAAAAGUAGGUGGAUUUAUGCUAAUUUUAGAAGAAAAAUUCCCUCACGAAAGAAUCAAAUCUUUUAUAAAAGGCACUUCACAAUGCGGUUUUAAGUUUGUUCGCAAGACUAAUUGCGACAAAAAUACGUACGUCUUACAAUUCAUAAAGACUCAACAUAAAAGUAAAAUUAGUCGCGUACCUUCGUUCUUUCUUAAAUCGGGUGCUUUGAGAAAAUUCUAAAUUCAAAUUUUAUUUUUGAAGACAAUAUCUAUCUAUUUAUGAGAAUGCCAUGAAAAUAUAAAAAUUGAUGCAAACAUUUUUUAACUACAAAAUAACGAUAACGAUGGAAAAAUUUGUCAAUCUACGGAAAUAUAAAUAAUUGCAUUAUAUUUGAAAAACACUAAUCUUAAAACCAUUAGGUUUGAAUAUAUUUUUAAAACUUUCUGUAAACCACAACAUGCAAUAAACUAUUUAAAAACUGUGCAUAAUGUA